UUGAUUGCUUAGUUUCCAUCUGUAGGAUAAACGAUACGUAAAUCAUAAGCAAAACUUUAUUAUACACAGACAAUUGAUAUGAAAGUGACCAGCAUUACUCGCCUAGUUCUAGGUUCGAUUCUUGUCAUUUUCUCCAAACUAACAUUGCUAAAUACUGCCUUAUCUUUAUCUUUAUCAGAUGAGAGCGUCGAUCGCCCUCGAACAGCACGCGGGAAUCUUCUAGUGCGCGAUCCGUUCACAAACACGCCAGAUUUGACGCGCCAGAGAUCGGUGCCUGUCCUGUGGAUUCGUGGCCAAGCACCUGCGAGGAGCGCACCUGGCCAAGAUUACCUAACCGAAUUCAACCGCCUCCCGGACGUGUCGGUGACUUGCUCGAGCAACGGUUUCUUGUUAAGGGUGAAGAAGAGUUUCUACGGUUUCUCGGCCGUCGCAGAGGAGCUGACGCUCGGAGAAACCUGCAAAAGUAACGCGGUCCUGGAGCCGCAUGAAGAUUUGCUCUUCAAUUACGCGCUCACGGACUGUCAGGGUGAAAAACAGGUGCUUCCUGAUUACGUAGUUUACAAGUUUGUCCUUCGCUACGUGCCACUGUCACACCGAAACCCGUUCCUUUAUCACAGAGUGAAUGUGGGGGUGGAGUGUCGCUAUAAAAGGAACCAUCAUGUGCACAGUCUUAUGAUAAACCCGACAUUGAGGACACCAUUGCGCAAAAUCAUAAGGAGCAGAUCUGGUGACUUUCGGAUUCAGCUGAUGGACGACUACUGGUCUUCUCCAGUCAGGUCUGCUGUGUACCUGCUGGGACAGAAUGUGAAUGUGCAGAUUUCCACUCGACACCAUUAUCCUGGGAUCAAGCUUUUUAUCAACAGCUGUUAUGUGGCUACCGUUAACACUUUGAGUCAAGCCAACAAAUACAGCAUCAUAGACAAUUACGGGUGUUUUCGGGAAAGCCGGAUAAAUCCAGGUGCUUCAAGAUUCAGAUUCUCCAGGGCAGACAAUGUUGUUCAGUUCUCUUUUGGUGCUUUCCAAUUUAUUGAGGCUCCAGAUGCCCAGGUCUCACUCCAUUGUGAGGUCUCUGUGUCCAGUGGAGGCCCUAGUCCAAUGCAGAAGUCAUGUUUUUACAGGCACCCAGACAAAAGAUGGAUCUCUGUGUUUGGGCAAGAUUCUGUCUGUGACUGCUGUGACUCUGUCUGCAAUCAGACUAAAACCAAACGAAUAAUUUAUGAAGGGUUCGUAAGCAGUGAUCAAGUACUCUUCUCUGACACAUCUAUGGCUUCCUCAUCUUUAAACUCCACUCUCAAGGCUCAUAGUAAUGAUGACACCAUCUGGUUUGAAGCCAAACUGGCCAAAGAGCCCCAGAGGUCCUACACCCAUGAGGACUUUGUUGCCUCUGUUACCCUGAUAUCUUCUGAAGAGGCCCAUGAUAAGAGACAGCCAUCUCACACCAGCACAGUGGAACUCAUAGAGGAGGAAAGGAAAGAGAUGGUUGAAGAGAAACAUGGGGAUGUGGAGAUUUUGAUGGCUGUCAGUAAGAGCUUUGUGGGAUCUGAAAGGCCAGAUUUAGACUCCACGGAGCAGUUUGAUGUUGAAUCCUUGGGCUGGGCUGGAAACGGGAAGAUGCAGGAUAUGAGUUAUUGGCCAAAGACAGUUCAGAGAAUGGGAAGCUCCAUGAAGAAAUCAGUUAUGAUGGUCAAUGAAACUAUGGAGCAGCGUUCCAAAAUAAAUGAUUCCGCAUUGGGUGACCGGAAACUCCAUGAUGUGUUUCUGCCAUCCUUUAUCUCAGAGGAAAAGAAUAAGGAAGAUGUAAAUUCAUAUGAAAAUAAAAAGGAAGGUUUGGAUUUCCUGUUAAUUGACGUCUCUUCAAACGAUGAAGAAAUUCCAGCUGGAUCUGAUGAGCUGGUGGAGCAUGGUAUUGUUAGAAAACUGGAUCUUAUGCAAGACUCAGAUGAUGAUUAUUUUUCAGAAGGGGUGUGAUUCAAAAUUGUUGAGGACUUAGAAAAUGUCUGUAUUUUUUGUUCAUUUUGAUGAAUAAACCACAGAACCACAUAAUGGUGAAUAAUAAAACUAGUAUUUCAGGGAUGUCUUGAUUUUGACCAUUAAGCUGUGUAUUGAGGGAUUAAAUUACUUUUGUUACAUGGUUUCCUGGCUUCCAUGGUAAUGCCCUUUCAUUCAUUAUGUUCAAAAAAGCCUUUUCAAUGCUUGAAUAAGAAUAUCCUGUUAAUUGUGAUCUUGAGUACAAGUUUUUCAUGCUGUGUGUAAUGUUAUCCUGGGUCUAGGACAUGUUUGGUCUUGUACAAUGACAUUUCAAGACUCCAGGGCAAAGUCAGACUAAAUAUUUUCACAAAUCAUCUUGACAUUAUAAAAGACAUAUUGUGGUCCUCACCCACACUGACCUUUCUGUGUGUUGUAAUGUCAAUAGGACUGUAAUGGUAGUAAAUUUGAAAGAACUGGUUGCGUGUAUCCAUUGUUCCUGCAACAAUUCCUUCUGAUUAUGUGGUUUUCCGUUAGAACUAGCAGAUGUUAUUUUUGGAAAGGAAAAGAAAAGAAAAGAAAAGGUUUUAUAUAGACUGUCAAGUACAGUCAUGAUGAGAUGUUAUAUACAUGAUAUAUAUGAAA